AUGUCAUCGCCAAGCGCCCAGAACAACUCCGACCUCGGAAUGCCGCGCGAAGCUACGUCAACCAAUUUUGAGCUGGAGAGCGGGCAACAAGCACCUCCUUCAGAUGCUCCAAGUCUACGAAAUACCAGGUCAGCAGACAUUGAGAACAGGAUUUCAUCUUGGGCUAUCGGCACAGUCCAAGCCUAUCUCCAAGAACACCAGCUUUCAGGAUACUCGGCUCGCGAUAUCGGUUGGGUGACGGGCCUCUACACCGCCCUGACACUUUUCCUCGGAAUCCAGGCAGGCCCCAUAGUUGAUCGUUAUGGGACCGAAGUGCUAGCGCCUCUUUCUACGGCUCUUACUCUUCCAACUUUCUUCCUCCUGGCCGAAUGCAAGUGUUACUGGCAGUUCAUGCUCUGCCUCGGCAUCUACGGCGGCAUCGGCGGUGCGCUAGCAUCGACGGUCGCCGUGUCCGUCGUAGGCAAGAUAUUCACGAGACUGCGCGGCCUCGCCAUAGGUCUAGCACUCACCGGUUCUGCGCUAGGUGGUGUGGUCUUCCCAUUUCUUCUGCGAGAGCUAUUUCCCAAAUGGGGCUGGGCCUGGUCGAUGCGGUUCGUCGGCUUCACCAUCGCAGGGGUCAUGAUCCCAGGGACUCUAUGCUUCAUCCCCUUCGCGAAGCUCUCACGAACCCACCAUCACACGCAACUCGUCGUCCCUUCACAGCCAUCUGCGGACCCUGCUGCCCCCACCCCGAGACACCGCGCCGCAAGCGCCACCAUCAACUUCGCCGCCUUCCGCGUCCCCGCAUUCUCACUCAUUGCAGCGGCCUUCUUCCUUCUCGAGUUCGUCAUAUUCGGCAUCUCGGGCAUCUUUCCCACAUUGGCAAAUUGGGCCGGGUAUCCCGCGGACACGGGGUACAAUAUCGUGGCCAUCGUCAACGGCUGCGGCUGUAUCAGCAGAAUCGGGGCCGGAUUCCUCGGCGACAAGCUCGGGCACUACAAUGUUCUGUUCACGAGCACAUGUGUGACUAUCGUCUGUGUCGCAGUCACUAUACUCCCUUUCGGCACGACGCAUAUCCAGGCCCUCUAUGUAUUUGCGGUUCUUUGGGGCUUAAGCUCGGGGGUGUUCUCAGCCUUGAUUCCCGCAUGCAUGGGCAAGACGUGCCAGACCAAGGACUAUGGUCGAUGUUUUGGAAUCCCCAUUGGAGGUCAGAUAUUGGAAAGUAUUGGCGGCAUGGCACUGGCUGGCUUGUACGUCGGAGUUCUCUGCAUGGCGGGCGGUUGCAUCCUUGCUUCUAGAUCCCUGCUGGUCCAGUCAUGGUUGGACUACAAGAUCAGGAUUUGA